AAUAAUGUCCACGAAAAACACACUUAAAUGUAGGAUACAACGAACGAUUGCUGAAAUCGUCCCCUACGUUACAGUUGGUCGAGCCAUUCUCGCUUGUGUUGCCAUGUCCGGAAUCACGCACGUGUUUUGUACCAUAGCUGUGUACCAGCUCCUUGCUACAUGGUCAUCAGUUUAACUUUGUAAGCAUUUGGAAACUCCUAUAGGUUUGCCGGGUGAGGUGAUCAGAAGUUGGAAAUGGAGUUCGAGGAGUCGGGGAUAGGAGAAGAAUGCGGGGUGUUCGGGUGCGUGGCGGCCGGCGAGUGGCCAACUCAGUUGGAGGUUGCCCAAAUUUUAACUUUGGGACUAGUGGCGCUUCAGCACAGGGGUCAAGAAAGUGCUGGGAUUGUCACAAGUAAUGGGGCAUCUCCACCAACAUACACCACUCUAAAGGGGAUGGGACUGGUGAACAGUGCUUUCCAGCCAGAAGACUUGUUGAAAUUGCGUCAUGGGAAUCUGGGAAUUGGCCACACCCGCUACUCCACCACUGGAAUAUCAGAGCUGCAGAACUGCCAGCCCUUUGUGGUGGACACGCUGCACGGGAAAAUAGCUGUAGCUCAUAACGGAGAGCUGGUGAAUGCAGCCAGUCUGCGCAAAAAGGUAAUGCGUCAUGGCGUUGGGCUCUCCACCAGCUCAGACAGUGAGCUCAUCACUCAGCUGCUUGCCCUGACUCCGCCCAUGGAAGAGAAGGACACUCCUGAUUGGGUGGCUCGAAUAAAGAACCUGAUGUCUGAGACCCCCACGUCCUACUCUCUGUUGGUGAUGUACACGGACGUUAUUUACGCUGUGCGUGACCCGUACGGAAACCGCCCGCUCAGCAUCGGCCACCUCGUCCCCAUAUCCAAACUGCACACUGCAGGUGCGGGAGAUGGAGACACUGAGGGCUGGGUGGUGUCUUCCGAGUCCUGCAGCUUCCAGUCUAUCGGAGCACGGUAUUACCGGGAGGUGGAGCCGGGAGAGAUCGUGCAGAUCUCAAAGCACGGAGUGAAGACCCUCAGCGUGGUGCCCAGGCCAGAGGGGGACCUCCCUGCUUUCUGCAUUUUUGAAUACGUUUACUUUGCAAGACCUGACUCCAUAUUCGAAGGCAAGAUGGUGUACUCAGUCAGGCAGCGCUGCGGACGGCAGCUAGCCAUUGAGGCCCCCACAGACGCGGACGUAGUCAGCACCGUGCCUGAGUCGGCGACACCCGCUGCCCUGGGAUAUGCACAACAGGCAGGGCUGCCCUACGUGGAGGUGCUGUGUAAGAAUCGCUACGUUGGAAGAACGUUUAUUCAACCCAACACCCGCCUGAGGCAGCUGGGCGUGGCAAAGAAGUUUGGCGCUCUGACUGACAACUUUGCCGGAAAACGAGUAGUUCUCAUCGAUGACUCCAUAGUGAGAGGGAACACGAUAUCACCCAUCAUCAAGCUGCUGAAGGAAGCAGGAGCAACUGAGGUCCACAUUCGUGUAGCUUCUCCACCCAUCCGGUUCCCCUGCUACAUGGGCAUCAACAUCCCAACCAAAGAAGAGCUGAUCGCCAACAAGCCCGAGUUCCAGGACAUCGCCGGCUACAUUGGUGCCUCCAGUGUGCGUUACCUGUCAGUAGAGGGGCUGGUGGCGGCAGUUCAGGGAGGAAUCCUGACGGAAAAGGAUCAGAGGAUCGACUCCAACCGCAAACCCAGCUGGAGAGUGGGGCACUGCACUGCCUGUCUAACCGGCAAAUACCCUGUAGAGCUGGAGUGGUGAUGACUGUAUGCACAAACACACACUCACACAAACUCUCACACACAAACACACAUUCACGCAAACACAAACUCUCACACAAACACACACUCACAUUCACACAAACACAAACUCUCACACACAAACACACACUCACAUUCACGGAAGCACAAACUCUCACACAAACUGACACACACACAAACACACAAUACUCUGUAGAGCUGGAGUGGUGAUGACUGUAUGCACAAACACACACACACACUCUCACAAACUCACACACACAAAUACACACGCACACACAAUACCCUGUAGAGCUGGAAUGGUGAUGACUGUAUGGGAGGUUCUGUAUGCAUUUCAGUUAUGGGAUAUGUUUGCAACCGAUUUUAUAAUUGAAUUGAAUUUUAUAAAUUAAAGACAGACCUGGCUAUAAAA